GCUAAAACCAGUUAAUUUCAACAGGAGUGUGUGACCAUUACACAAUAAUACAUUGUCAGUCAGAAAAAAAAAAAAUGUAACUGGCUUCUUGGCCUUCACUCUGAUGUAAACCCCCUUAGAGAAGGCAGAUGAAAUUACAUUAAAGAUUGUGUUCAAGAAAGCUGUGAACUCCAUCACUUCACUCGUAAAUUAAACUCUUUCUUCCAUUUUCAUGCACCUGUAACCAAAGCUCAGCUGGAGGUACACCUGCUUAAUCUCAAGGCAGGAAGUUGAGCAAUUCCAACAUGCCUAGUGGUGGGUGUAUGUGUGUAGGCAGGCAGUAAAUAUGCUUUGAUAAAAACCUUAUCACUGUUUAAGCACAGACCUGGUGACUGUUACACUAUUUUCACAUAGGUGUUGGGAAAGGCAGUGGCUUUAUGGACGGACAGGGGAUGGAUCGCACUGGAACACCUUAACAACAGCCAAUCUGACUGUUCACUCUCUUUUUGAAGUUUGCUUAUUUGGCUUCAUUCGAUUUUCUGUUCACAGAUUUGGGAGAGUGAGACAUUCCUUUACAGAAAGAAGAAAUCUAUGUAGGAAAGAAAAUUAGAAGUUAAGACAAAGGGAGUAUUGACUGCCACAGAAAAAAAAAGAUUCAAGCCUUGAUCCCUGGUGAGGUUUGGAAGUAUGUCCUACAGCGACCAGACCCCACCCAGCCCCAGCAGAGCCAGCGGCAGUAACUCUGGGGCGCAGUAUGCUACUGCUGCACUGGGUGUGGGCCUUGUAGCCCUGGGGAUCGUCAUGAUUGUAUGGAGCGUGACGCCGUCAGGGUCAGCUGGGAAUAGCUCCAGACCAGGCAUGGAGUCUAGUCAAGUCCGGGACACUUCGUCCGUGGCUUUCGUGCUGGUCGGAGGAGGUGUUGCCCUGCUGUUGCUUUCUAUGUGUCUGAGUAUACGGAACAAACAGCGAGCAACCAGGGGGCAGGAAGCCAGCAACACACCCGCAAACGCACAGGAGGGGGCUACGGCAGAGCAGUUAGCUCAGGGUUACAUGGUCCCCAGUUACGAGGAGGUGGUAGAAAGUGGUCAAUACCCCAUCAGUCAAUCCUCUGUGCGGAACAACAGCAUCACCCAGCUGCCAGCCUAUGAGGAGCUAGAGAAAAAUCAACACACCAUGGAAGAUGGUUCAAACCAGGCACGCAGACACUCUUCCCAAGCUGACCCCAGUACUGGAGCGGGUGUCCGCAGAAAGAUUCGUCAAGGUAGCAAGCUGAUACCCCUCAAAAUUCGUCGCAUCAAGUCAGAAAAUAUGAGAAGGAAGAGCUUAAGCGAUGCCCCACAAAGCUAUGGAUUCACCAUUGAACCCCUCACACCACCACCACUGUAUGACGAUAAACCCCCUCCACUACCUCUGGACACGCCACAAUAAGGAGAAGAGUGCCUACCUCUGUUAUGAAACACACAAAUGCAGAAUUGCAGAUUCGUACUGCAUGUUACUUCUCUCACUGUCUGAGGAUUAUGGUAGUACCGUAGUAGUGUGUUAAUGUAAUGGUUGUCUUUGGUUGGUCUGUAUCAAAUUCCAAUAGAAAGGAGAGUCUUCAUGAUGUCGUCCUUUCUUUGCUGUACAUGUCUUGUUUAGCAAACUCAGUUGUCAGAUCACAAAGUGUACAAUGAAAAAACAAAACUGUCAAACAGCAGCUAAAGAGGAUCCUGCAAUUGGGUUGAAACUGAACUGGAUUUUUGACACCUGUUAACUGAACAACUGCUGGUAUUGUUAUAGGAAACUUAACAGCCCACAGACCUGCAAUGUUAUUGGUGAUAAACUUGAAAUUCAGCAUUUGAGCUGUCCAGACCUUUCAAAUGGCAUCCAAAAGAAUUUUCAAAGAGAUGUGAAACUGUAAACUGUGAGUCACAUCAGCACUGUUGCUUUUUUGCACUAAAGUGUGUGUGUGUGUGUGUGUGUGUGUGUGUGUGUUUGUGUGUGUGUGUGUGUGUGUGUGUAGGGUAAAGGGUUAGUUCACAAAAAAAACAAAUCAUCUAAAAUGGAUGACUUUCUUCUGUGCAAAAACAAGUGCUGACGCCAUUCAAUGUGAAUGGUCACUGAGACUGUCAGUACCUUACAUUCUACCAAACAUUUCAAACAGUCAAACAUUGAGGUUGAGUAAAUGAUGAUGAAACAUUCUUUUUUGGGUGAAAAAUACCUUUAAUGUUCUGAGUUUGUGUGUGUAUGACUGCUCUUAAUAUUGGCCUUGUUGCUAGACUGUCAGACUGUGAGGUCAGCAUUAUGUAUAUCUGUCCAUGGCUUACGACAUAGAGAGGCUCUUUGACCCUGCGGCUGCCUGAUAUAUCACUCUCUCACUUGUCUACCUAUUUCACUAACUUGUAUGCACAAACACUCUUUUCAUCCCUUUAUUUUUUGUUGAGUAGAUUUGUGUAAGGUGAGCUGUGUUUCUCACAGGGCUGCUGUAUCAUCUUCCUCCAGUAAUCAAGCUCCUCGUAAUCUCUUUUCACGUACAUUGGCUACUUUAAACACUCCAGAGUUUUCACAUCGUCAUGCAGACUCAUCUAGAUAUGGUUAUUACUCAAAACAGUGUUUCCUUUUUGGAUGUUUUUUUUAUUUAAAUUUUUUUGCACUGAUGAAACGGCGGUUUAAUAGAGAAGUAUGUAUGGACAAAUGUUGCUGAAUCUCAUUGUGAAAUUUAAUGAUCUGUCUAAUGUUUUUUGUGUUGAUUUAUUCUACUUUGCAAUAUAUUAUAUUUUGUAUUGUAAUCUAUUAUGGUAUAACAAA